CUCUAACUUCGUGUCCUUCCCAUUAUCUAAAUGAAGAUUUGGUGGUGGUUGACAAAAGAGAUGUUUUUGGGGGAUUAAUCGUAUAUAUAGCGAUAGUCAUAUGGUAAUGGUAGUCAGUGAAUCUUCCGAGGUGUUCUAAGAAGGUACAAUGGAACGGAUACACUUUUCAAUAUAUUUACUUCUCUUAUGGGGUCAUCUAAUUUCCGCUCAGGAUGGCUACGACUACUCUAGACCGCAGAAACCUUUUCCACCCUCGGGACCUGGAUCAAGGCCAACAACUUUCCCUGGACGUCCCUCAGUAUCAAGCACACCCAGACCAUUCGAAACUGUAGGUACAACACCACAGAGACCAGAAGGCCCUACCCGCUUCCCUGGAUAUGCACCCGGUGGCCCACCAAGCGGUUUACCAGGAGGUUAUCCAAGUAUCCAGCCACAAUAUCCAUCUGGACCUGCACGACCCGGCGGCGAACCUCAAUAUCCCAGGCCUGGUGGUCCUCAAUACCCAGGAGGACCGGCAGUGACUCAAUAUCCCGGAGGACCAGGAGCACCACAAUAUCCAGGAGGGCCAGGGGCCGCACAACUUCCAGGAGCACCAGGAGGAGCACCAGGAGGCGCACAAUUUCCAGGAGCACCAGGGGGGCCACAGUACCCAGGAGGGCCACAGUAUCCGAGCAUUACAGGAACUGGACAAUAUACAGGAGAAGAGGAAGAGGGAGAUUACUCAGCUAUCCCUGGCACGCCAGGUGACGACUAUCCUAUCUAUUCGGAAGUACCAGAGACCUCAUUCAGAUGUGAUCAGCAACAAUACCCAGGAUACUACGCAGACGUUGAAACAAGAUGUCAAGUAUUCCACAUCUGCGCCAAUAACAAAACCUACGACUUCCUGUGUCCGAAUGGAACAGUUUUCCAUCAAGAAUACUUGGUUUGCGUUUGGUGGAACACAUUCGAUUGCAAUUUGGCCCCAUCAUUGUACGGAAUAAAUGCUAACAUCUAUGAUUAUACUAUUAUAGGCGCUCAACAGAGACCAGGAGGACCUUCCCCAGGUCCACAGGGACCUGGUUUCGCUGGUGGUGAAAGGCCGAGCUUCCCUGGAUAUCCAGGUGGACCCACAACAGGUACAGGUUAUCCCAGUAUCGGACCUCAAGGACCUGGACCGCAGACUCCUGGUUAUCCAGGUGUUGGACCCCAAGGACCUGGAUAUCCAACUGGACCGACACCUGGAUAUCCCAGUGUAGGCCCUCAAGGACCUGGAUAUCCAACUGGAACCGGGUAUCCCAGCGUUGGCCCUCAAAGACCUGGAUAUCCUACUGGACCUCAAACGCCUGGAUAUCCUAGUGUUGGCCCUCAACGACCCGGAUAUCCGACUGGACCUCAAACACCUGGCUAUCCUAGUGUUGGCCCUCAACGACCUGGAUAUCCGACUGGACCUCAAACACCUGGCUAUCCUAGUGUUGGCCCUCAACGACCUGGAUACCCGACUGGACCUCAAACACCUGGCUACCCCACUUCACCUCAAGGUCCUGGUUAUCCAGGCGCCCCACAAAGACCUGGCUAUCCAACUACCCCGCAACGUCCGGGAUACCCUGGUGUUGGUCCUCAAAUUCCCGGAUAUACUACAGGACGUCCUCAAAUCCCUGGAUAUACUACUGGGCGUCCUCAAACCCCGGGAUAUCCUGCAGGAGGAGAAACCCCUGGUUAUUCCACUCUUCGUCCGCAGAUCCCGGGAUAUCCUACAGGCGGAGAAACACCUGGGUAUUCCACUGUUCGUCCACAAGGUCCAGGAUUCCCAACUACUGGGCGGCCCCAAGAACAAGGUUAUCCCAGCGGCAGACCGCAAGGACCAGGUUUUCCAUCAGGUGAACCACAACGUCCAGGUAUGGUAGAUGGCUAUCCUGGUGGACAACAACCUACACGAGAAUAUUUACCUCCAGUAGGAAAAAAAUAACCUUUAGCACUUAUUUAUAUGACAUUUCACAAAGAGUAUAGGCAUAAUGAUCUCCCAUAACAAUAAAUGACGAUUUUUCAAAGAAUAUUAUUGCAAUAAUGUAUUUAUAAUAUAUGUAUUUUUAUAUUGAUAGCUACACUAUUUAUUAUUAGGUACCAGUAUUAUUUAUGUAGUUUAUAGAUGAUACAAGCAUAUGUAAAAGUGAAAAAUAAAGAUAUGGAAUAG